ACAGAGAGACACAGGCAGAGAGGAAAGGCACCGGGCUGGGCUGGGCUGUUGGGUGGGGGCAUAUGGGAGACUGCUGGAGCCUCUGAGCAACUGCUGCAGCCCCUUGGAGGAAGGAUGCUCCACGGGCUCACCCGACUGGUCUUCUGCCUUGCAUGGCUGCUCCUGCCUCCGAGUUCUGCAUCCCCUUGCCUGGAACAGUGCAGGUGUUAUAUGAACACUUUGCUCUGCCUGGAACCUAACAGCAUCCAGAGCCUGUCACAGCUGCGGAGCCUAGAGAACUUCACCGAAGUGGUCGUUGAAAACCAGAUGAGCCUGACCAACCUGACCCUGGAGGACAUCAAAAAACCCCGAGAGCUGAAGAACCUGACCAUUUCGAAGACACAGCUACAGUUCAUCUCACCAGAUGCCUUCCAAACCAGCCCAAACCUGAUAUACAUGAACCUUGCCUUCAACCAGCUGCAGCUCUUGCCCUGGACCGUCUUCCGCCAUCUCCGCCUCCAGGAGUUGGUCCUUGUUGGGAACCCUCUCAAAUGUGGAUGUGGGCUCCGGUGGCUGCAGCUGUGGCAGGAAACAAGACAGGUGGAGUUGGGCAACCAGUCUCUGAACUGUGUGGAGGGCAAGACGGAAAUCCCCUUGGCCAAUAUGGUCAUAGAGGGCUGCGACUUCCCCAGGGUUUGGAUCGACCACCACAAUGCCUCCGUGGAACAGGGCGAGAGCAUCAACCUGACGUGCCGCUUCUCAGGGCAGCCGAGGCCAGUGGUGCAGUGGCAGGUGCCAGAUGUUGGGCCCAAUCCUCCUCUCAUCACCGAGAAGUCAGAGUCAGAACUUGUGCUGUGGAUCCUGAAUGUCUCUUCCGACUUCAAUCUCAAAGACAUCAUAUGCCAAGCAGAGAAUGAAGCAGGUCUUGGCAAGGACGUGGCACAGCUGAACGUGAGGUUCCCUGCUGUGAUCCGGUAUCUGGGCCCAGCUGUCGAUUACCACCACUGGUGCAUCCCUUUCUCGGUGGACGGCAACCCCACCCCAAGCAUCUGCUGGCAGUUCGACAACAGCAACCUGAACGAGACGGACUACGUUCACACCACUUUUAUCCAAGACCCGUAUCAGAACUCCACAACAGUGCACGGCUGUCUGAGCCUCAACAGGCCAACCCAUAUCUGGAACGGAAACUACACACUGCUCGUGCGCAACCCACUGGGCACCGAUUCGCUGACCGUCUACCAACACUUCAUGGACGUUCCAGAGAGCUUCAUCCCCGAGGACCCCAUCAUGGUGUCGCUGCCUCCGACCAGUGACAGGAAUAGCACUUCAGGUGGACCCGUGGAGACGCCCGAGGAACACACCUUUGGGAUCUCGGUGGCGGUGGUGUUGGCUGUCUGUGCCUGCAUCUUCCUGUCCAUCAUGCUCAUCGUCCUCAACAAGUGUGGCCAGCACUCGAAGUUUGGAAUUAACCGGUCGGCUGUGCUGGCACAGGAGGAUGACCUGGCCUUGUCCCUGCAGUUCAUGAACUUGGGCACCAGCCCCCCCUCCUCAGCAGAGAGCAAACUGGACGCCCUGAAGACCAACUUCAUAGAGAACCCCCAAUACUUCUGCAGUACGUGUGUCCGCCACAUCAAGCGCCGGGACAUCGUCCUGAAGUGGGAGCUGGGGGAGGGGGCGUUUGGCAAAGUCUUCCUAGCAGAGUGCUACAACCUUAGUCCUGCCCAGGAGAAGAUGCUGGUGGCUGUCAAGACUCUGAAAGAAGCAACUGAGAAUGCCCGCCUGGACUUCCAACGGGAGGCCGAGCUGCUGACGGUGCUGCAACACGAGCACAUCGUCAAGUUCUAUGGAGUCUGCACAGAGGGGGAGCCGCUCAUCAUGGUCUUUGAGUACAUGAAGCACGGAGACCUCAAUCGCUUCCUCCGGUCCCACGGGCCAGAUGCAAAGAUACUGGACAACGGGAGCGGCCAGUCCUCCGGUCAGCUGAACCUCAGCCAGAUGUUGCAGAUCGCCACCCAGAUUGCCUCGGGGAUGGUCUACCUGGCCUCCCUGCACUUUGUCCACCGGGAUCUGGCAACUCGGAACUGCCUCGUCGGUCACAGCCUGGUAGUGAAGAUCGGGGACUUUGGCAUGUCCCGAGACAUCUACAGCACCGACUAUUACCGGGUCGGGGGUCGGACGAUGCUGCCCAUCCGAUGGAUGCCCCCCGAAAGCAUCCUGUACCGGAAGUUCACCACAGAGAGUGACAUUUGGAGCUUCGGAGUGGUGCUUUGGGAGAUUUUCACCUAUGGGAAGCAGCCGUGGUACCAGCUCUCCAACACCGAGGCCAUUGAGUGCAUCACCCAGGGCCGAGAGCUGGAGAGACCCCGGACCUGCCCCUCGGAGGUCUAUGACAUCAUGCAGAGCUGCUGGCAGAGAGAACCGCAGCAGAGGCAGACCAUGAAGAACAUCCACAGCCGGCUGCAAGCCCUGGUCAAGGCGCCCCCUGUCUACCUGGAUAUCCUCAGCUAAGGGUGAGAAAUGGAGGCGCCCACCCAGCAGGUUCCCCACCCAGCCAGGACUGAAGACCUCAGCUCCGAAGAGGGGGUGUGCCGUGUAAACACCCGAGACCCCACCUGGGCCCAGAGCCACUGAAACUCUACCCGAGGUUGCCCUCAUUUGCAUCUGGGACUGGGGGCGGGGUGUGUGAGUGUGUGUGAGAGACAGCUUUGCGGGAUAGUGUUCCCUUUGCCUGAAGAGACUUGAACACCUGCGGAGGCAAGAUUCUCACCCAAGGACUGCUUCCCCCUUUUCAGUCCAACAGGCACACUCGAGGGGUGGGGGUGGGUGGGGGGCUGCCUCUGGCCAGCCUGUGUCCUCAGCAUCGGUGCUCAUUGGAGGAAGGGGGCUGCUUCCAUGCCCUGCGUGUGUCUCGGGCACUGUAUGUGGGGGCACAAAGCACCAACCUUGCCCCAUGGAGGUGGCCAGGGCCCCAAGCUGUCUUGCGACUGAGAAAUCGGGGAUUAUUUAUUGUUCUAAGCUUUCGAUGUAUAUUAUAACAAUAGCUUCUGGCGGGAUGGGAAAGCGUUCAUGAAGUGGGCUGCAUUGGCAGUCCAAGCCCGGGUGGGGUGGGGAGAGGAUGUGUGCGUGUGUGCGUAGGACUCUUCCACGGGGUGGGAAGUAGCUUUUGCGUCAUGGGGCGAUUGAGCGAAUGUGACUCGAACUACUAAACCAAAGUUCUGCUUGUGAGUUUCUUCUUCGUAUAAAUUCUAAGU